AUGGCCGGGGACGACGAGGACGAGCCGGUGCUGUCCAGCGCCACCAAGCAGAAGGUGGAGGCCGCCAAGCAGUGCAUCGAGAACCACUACAAGGCGCAGAUGAGGUCGCUCCAGGAGCGCAAGGAGAGGCGUUGGAUGCUGGAGAAGAAGCUUGCUGAUGCUGAUGUAUCUGAAGAGGAGCAAAACAAUAUCCUGAAGGAUUUAGAAAAAAAGGAGACAGAAUACAUGCGCCUAAGGAGGCACAAAAUGGGCGUUGAUGAUUUUGAAUUGCUGACCAUUAUUGGGAGAGGUGCUUUUGGGGAGGUGAGACUUUGUAGAGAAAAAGCUACAUCCAAUGUAUAUGCAAUGAAAAAGCUCAAGAAGUCUGAAAUGUUACGAAGAGGCCAGGUUGAGCAUGUGAGAGCUGAAAGGAACCUCCUUGCAGAAGUUGAUAGUGCUUAUAUAGUUAAGCUCUACUGCUCAUUCCAAGAUGAUGAGUUUCUAUACCUCGUUAUGGAGUACCUUCCUGGUGGUGACAUGAUGACUCUGCUCAUGCGAAAGGAUACACUUACAGAGGACGAGUCUUCAUUUUAUGUUGCAGAGACAAUACUAGCAAUUGAAUCCAUUCACAAGCAUAACUAUAUUCAUAGGGAUAUCAAGCCUGACAAUUUAUUGUUAGAUCGAACUGGCCAUCUGAAGCUUUCAGAUUUCGGCCUAUGCAAGCCUCUAGAUAGUAGCAGCUUUCCAAAUCUCACUGAACUUGACAAUGCAGCGGGGAAUAUCACCAAUACAUCAGCAGAUGGUGAUAAGCUAUUAAGUAGCACUGCUGUUCCCAGGCGAACACAGCAGGAACAACUAUUGCAUUGGCAGAAGAAUCGCCGGAUGUUGGCUUAUUCAACUGUUGGUACACCUGAUUACAUUGCCCCGGAAGUCCUAUUGAAGAAAGGAUAUGGAAUGGAAUGUGACUGGUGGUCACUUGGGGCCAUUAUGUAUGAGAUGCUUGUGGGUUACCCACCAUUUUAUUCUGAAGACCCAAUGUCAACAUGUAGGAAGAGACUUGGGAUGAAAGGAGCACAUGAGAUAAAGGCUCAUCCAUGGUUUAGAAGUGUUGAAUGGGAAAAGCUAUAUCAAAUGGAAGCAGCUUUCAUACCUGAAGUUAUUGAUGAGUUGGACACACAAAACUUCGAGAAUUUUGAGGAGGCUGCGCCUACCAUGCAAACUUCAUCAAAGGCAGGUCCUUGGAGAAAGAUGCUUUCCUCCAAGGACAUGAAUUUUGUCGGUUAUACUUACAAGAACUUCGAAAUAGUGAAUGAUCCUGAACUUCCAGGAAUAGCUGAAUUAAAGAAGAAGAACAACAAACCAAAACGACCAACCAUCAAAUCAUUAUUUGGUAAUUUUUUCAGAGUCCUUGCUCUCUUAAGGGACGAGGUUCGUUGCAUUCGUUGGAACAUGUCAUGGCUGAGGAGCGUGGUGCUGCGCAGGUGCAAGAGCCUGUCGCGGGCGGGGAGCAGGCGGGCGUCCUCCUCCAGCUCCUACAGCAACCUCCGCUCCAUGUCGGCCAGGGACGCCGCCGCCGGCGAGGACAGCGAGGCGGCGGCUGCAGAGGGGGCGUCGGCGGUGGUGUUCGUGGGCAGCUCGCGCCGGCGGUACGUCAUCAGCGCCAGGCACCUCCGCCACCCGCUGAUCGCCGCGCUCAUUGACGACGCCGGCGGCGGCGGGGUCGGGGAUGGUAGCAAGGAGCCGGUGGCCGUGAGGUGCGAGGUCGUGCUGUUCGACCACCUGCUGUGGAUGCUCGACAACGCCGUCGACCUCCGCGCCGGCGCCGGCGGCGAGGACGACGCCGUCAGGGAGCUGGCCCAGCUCUACGCCACGUGA